UUACAACAAGCGUUAAUUAGAACCUUUACCUGGAAGUAAAAGUGAACGAAAAAGGAAAAUAGUGUGAAAAUUAAUUGUGCUAAAUAUAAGCUGCCACACAAUUGAUUCGUCAUGGGAUCACUUCCACAAUUUUCAAUAAUAAAGGGGCAACAGGUGCCUCUUUAUCCAAAAUUGCUUCAUAAAGCAUUCGAGGAGCUUGUCGAUAAAAAGUAUGGUGAAAAAACCGCCCUCAUUUUCACAGACGAGAAUGGAGAAAAGAGAUUGACAAACUACAAUACCUUAAAUUCCAUGUCAAAUCGAAUUGCGUUAGCAUUAUUGGAAAAAAUCCAAUCAAACAAUUUGAAGGCAAAUAAUGAUGGGGACUGGAUAAUUUGUGUUUGCAUGAAGCCGUCAGACAACUUAAUAACAACAUUAUUGAGCAUUUGGAAGUGCGGAGCUGCAUAUUUACCACUUGAUGUUACGUUCCCUGACAACAGAAUCAACCAUAUACUGAAUGAAGCACAACCAGUUAUUGUUAUUUAUGACGACGAUUUUAACAGACCAGAAGUGUUUGGUUCUAUCGCAUCAAUUAAAUUCAAUGAGCUCAAAGAGCAUUCAAAGCUUUACAGUAAUGCAAAUAUUGACGAAUGUAACACAUUGACAAAGGGAAUUUCCGAUCUCGGUCUCGUGCUUUACACAUCUGGCUCGACUGGCAUUCCAAAAGGUGUCCGAUUGCGUCACUGCAUUGUUCAGAAUCGUUUAGAAUGGCAAUGGAAACGAUUCCCAUAUUCAGCAACAGAAAUUUAUGGCAUUUUUAAGACAGCAUUAACAUUUGUUGAUUCUGUAACAGAAAUUUGGGGACCAUUGCUUAAUGGAAUGACUUUAGUCGUUGUCCCCAAAGAAGUAACAAAGAAUCCAAACAGUCUUGUUGAUAUUCUUGAAGAAUACAAGAUUGAAAGACUUGUUCUUGUUCCAACAUUACUUCGUUCCUUAUUAAUGUAUCUUCCAUUACAAGAAAAUAAUGAACGAUUGCUCUACAAUCUCAAAAUAUGGGUAUGUUCUGGAGAACCACUCUCAUUACAGCUAUCUAAGGAAUUUUUCGAUUACUUCGAGGAAGGAACACACAUUCUCUGUAAUUUUUAUGGGUCAACUGAGGUAAUGGGAGACGUCACAUAUUUCGUAUGUGAAUCGAAAAAGCAGCUUGACUCAAUCGAACGUGUACCAAUUGGACAGGUGUUGGACAAUACUGUAAUUUACUUGUUAGAUUCAAAUUUCCGACCUGUCAACAUUGGCGAGAUCGGUGAGCUCUUUGUGUCAGGUGCUAAUUUAGCCUCAGGCUAUUGUAAUGGACGUGAUGCAAAUCGUUUCAUUGACAAUCCACUCGCAAUUGAUCUAAUGCACUCAAAAGUAUACAGAACUGGCGACUAUGCUUCAUUGCACAAAGGAAUGAUCUACUAUGAAGGCAGAACUGACAGUCAAAUUAAAAUUCGAGGACAUCGCGUUGAUUUGUCAGAAGUUGAGAAGCACUUGGCAUCACUCGAAUAUGUUGAGAAAGGAGUCGUUUUAUGCUACCAUGCUGGGGAGAUUGAUCAGGCACUCGUUGCAUUUUGUGUUGCUAAAUCCAAUAAUCUUAAUAGAUACAUUGCAAAAACAGGAAUUCAAAUUGAAAAUGACCUCAAAUUAAAAUUGGCUAACUAUAUGGUGCCUCAAGUAAUUGUCUUGGACAGUAUCCCACUUCUUGUUAAUGGCAAAGUUGAUCGCCAGUCACUGCUCAAAAUGUACGAAAAUACAAAUAACAAUGAAGAUACGGAAAUUGAAUUUGAAAUGGACUUUUGCGGAAUUAACGAUGAAAACAGAAUGUUGAAGGCAAAAAUACUUUUUGAAACUGUCGCAAAUGCAAUUGGACGUUCAAUCAGGUCAAAGCUUUCAAUCGGAGCUAAUUUCUAUGAACUUGGUGGCAAUUCGUUGAACUCAAUAUUUACAGUCACACAGCUCAGAAAUAAGGGUUAUUUCAUAUCAAUCACAGACUUUAUUACCGCACCAACAUUAGGCAAUAUCAUUGACAAAUUGAGAACACAAAACUCGACCGAUGAUGAUGAAGAAUCUAAUACAUGCUGCGCAAAUUAUUCCAAAUCAGAUCUCCACAUUGAAUGCGAUAUGGAACUAAGUUGUCUUCCAUUGGCCUUAGAGCACAAAGAUGAUACAAUUGAAAUAAUUACGACGAGUUUCUAUGAAAAAGCUGACAUUGAACAGUACAUUAAAGAUGAUAUAUUAAGAACCGACUAUGCUGAUAUUUUGGAGAUGAUUUGGGAAGUUCUUGUAACCAAAGAUUUAAGUUUUAUUAUUAAAGAUUCUAGUGGACGUAGUGUUGGUGUUGCUCUAAACUUUGAUGCUCGUGAUGAACCGGAAGUUCAAGUUAAUUCGAAGCUUAUUGUUAUUUUUGAGUUUCUUGAAUAUUUGGAAGGUCCAAUUAGAGAUAAUCAGUUGCCAAAAGGAAUCAAUCAAAUACUCCAUAGUUUUAUGAUGGCAACAAGUGCUGAUUUAGAUGCACGAGAAAAUAUUGCCGUAAUGCAUUUCAUGGAGAAUGAAGUUUUGAAAUUGGCAAUUCGCAAGCAAUUUGCUGGCAUUUUGACAACAAAUACAUCACCCCUGACACAACAGCUUGGAUCAAAUGUUUAUGGAUAUAAAACUAUGCUCGAGUACCCCAUCAAUCAAUAUGUUUAUCAUGACAAUACCCGACCAUUUGGAAAAGCUCCCGACACAAAGACAGUUGUUGUUCAUUGGAAGGAUAUACGCAACUAGAUAUAAGCUAUAUAUAUACACAAAUCAGUUAAUUUAUAAACAUAUUUAUGAUAUUAUUUAGCUAAGUGAUGUAAACACGAAUUUAUGACCAAUUAUUGUCUGUAGAGAUUCCAAUUGAGAUUAAUACUAACCAUAUUGAGUAAUUCAAGCUUAUUUCUGCUGUACAUUUUACAAAUCAGUGUUGUUAACAUAGGGGUAUGGAUGGAUUUGAUCAGAGUUUUGGGAAGGAAAGAGUUCAUUCUAGGUCUUUAGUGGCACAUCUUGAAUUUUUCCUUAAAAGCAGGGUUGCGAUACAGGCACUUGUGCACAAGUCAGAACCGUAGAACCUUACCUGUGUACAAGUUCUUGUAUCGCAACUGUACUUAAAAGGAUCAACUAAAGCUCAAAGUCGAUGAAAUUUUUUAUGGAGUCGAGUCGACUCGGAGUCGAUAAAAAACUUGAGUCGACUUCGAGCUCUAAGAUCAACUCAAGUUUUAAGCAUCAAUUAAAGAACCACUAUCUUCUUAGUUGUGCCCAGAGUACGUAUAAGAAACUCAGUUCUGUUAUAUAGUCCCAUACCCAAAAGAAAACCUCAGAUCAGCAACACUGUCCACAACUCUUGUAUUUCAAAGAAAUAGUCAUUAAAAGUCGCCGUGCGACUGAUCACAAAAAUAAAGCGCAAAUUUUUCGCAACACAUUUUUUUCAAGCUUAAAUGAACUGGAUGUUUAUUAAAAAUUGCAAAAUGCAUUAAGCACAACACAAAAGAAUAUUAACAAGCAAUUGGAAACUCUUGAGGACAUACAAAAAAUAAAGUUAUUUGUUAAUUAUUUUUCCUCCCC